CUUGAUGGCGUCUUGUUCUUUCCUCAGUGGUUGGCACUUCCUCAAUCCAGCAACGUUCCUUCCCAAUGUGCAAUUGCAGCUCAUUACGGCAAUUGCACUCCUUCACCUACCUACUUUAGUUACACCCAUAUCUAUAUAAUCUUCUCUUCUUCACAUCUCAUUCUUCUCAUGAACAUCAACAAUCCAUCAUCAAAAUCAUUUGGCUUUAUUGCAUAUUUGCCUUCUGCUUCACCCAUUCUAGUAACAUUGGAACUUCAUUCUUCCUGCAUUAUCAUCCGAGAAUUAUCACUCAAAGUUUUAAUUUGAAGUAAAUUCAUUCUUCAUGCAUUUUAAAGCUCUUGCUGUUGCGGCUCUUGCCCUUGUUGGUGCGGCUACUGCUCAACGUCCCACGGAUACUAGUAUUUGCGAUUAUUAUACCACUGCUCUGUUUAUAAAUAAUACUGCCGAUUUUCAACAUCAGUUGAUAAUGCGCAUUGUCAACAUUGCUCUUGUUGGUAACCAUGGUAAGUAUUCCAUUGAAAGUUCUGCGGUGGUUUUCACUCAUCAAUCCCUUGCAGCCCCUAGCCCUGGUGUCAAUGUCACCGGUAUCCUCUACACUGGUACCUACAAUGGUAUCAAAGUCAAUUUAUUACCAUAUUUUGACGGUGGCUUUUUCUCUACAAACGGGGGAGGAAAGCCUAUAUCUGUCGACUUCCUCGAUAGUGGUGGAUUGGCUACUCUUUCGUCUAACAAAGCUGCCGAUUCCAUGUCGAGCAAUCAAUAGUAAGCUCCCCAGAUUACAAAUACAGCAAGAAAUUAACCACGAUAGUUUCCUCAUGACCCAUCUCUACCAGUACUUUGGUGUACUACUUGGAUGCUCCAAGCAAGGUGGCACUGAAUUUCCGGCGUAUUCUGGUUCUGAUUCUCAGUAUAAAGUUCACAAGUAAGUCAACCAAAUGCCUCAUAGUACUUCUCGUGAAUCGAACCUACUUCCGGUGAUAAGCCAACGCAAUCUCUAACAACAAUACAAUAGGUUCAUGGAUCUCUCCGAUGCUGAAGUUAAUUACUUCAUUGAACAAGUUGCACUAUCCGCCUCAUCUUUUGGCGUUUCUGCCUCGGAUCUAAUGAUCAUCGGCUAUGCACUUCGGCAAUCAUUCGGUUAUCGUUGCUUGCCGCCUGCAACUAUUAUUCCCAGUCAAGGAGCCCAGUUGCAAUCCAUUUGCACUGACAGUACAUGCCCGCUUGCACCAAAUAAUACUUGCGCCUCAUAUGACCAAACUAUCACCAAGCCUAAGUUGGAUCCAUGCUAUGUUGCCAAGGCCGCUUGCUACAAAGCACCAGGAACCUCCAGCAAUCUAUGCAAUAACAAUUACCUAAUUUGCAAAGCUUCAGGCGGAAUCAAGACCAAUGGCACAACUUCACCAUCCAACACAUGUUCAUGUUCUGGAUCGGGUCCAUGUUUGUGUUCAGCCUCGGGCUCGGCCUCAUGUCCAUGUUCGGAUUCUGGCUCGUGUCCAUGUUCGGAUUCUGGCUCGUGUCCAUGUUCGAAUUCUGGCUCGUGUCCAUGUUCAGCACCUAAAACUGAGUCUGGCACAGGCUUUGGAACUUCAUCUAACAAGACAUCCGGUACUGGCUCAAGCAAGACAAAUAGCACAGGUACAGGUACAGGUUCUGGUUCUGACAGCAAGACGAAUGGCACCACUACUGCCACUAAACCAACUCAACUCACAGCCGGUGCUGCUACUGUUGGGGUGGGAUUUGCAGCCAUAGCUGGUGGCCUUUUAGCCUUUUUCUUGUAGAUCUACAGGCGUAAAAACAGACAGUCGGAGUUCGGUAAAUGUGUUUAUUAUCGGCAAUGUGUCGGAGCAUUGCUAGAUGAGAAAAACCAUGGAUCAUUGUUGACUUUCUCUUCUUCAUGUGGUCGAUAAUGAGUCUGUAUGGUUCUUUCAUCGGUUAGAUGUAAUAAUUCGUUGAAGCCUUCUUUUUAAGUGGUAUGAAUGCUUGUGGAGAUGAUAGAAGAAAAGAAAAUAGGA